CCCCCCCCCCCCCCCCGGUCCCAGUCUCUCUUUCGGAAAGAUGUCGGACACGGCAGUAGCUGAUACUCGGCGCCUUAACUCGAAGCCGCAGGACCUGACUGACGCUUACGGACCGCCGAGUAACUUCCUGGAGAUCGACAUCUUUAAUCCACAGACGGUGGGCGUGGGCCGCGCGCGCUUCACCACCUAUGAGGUUCGCAUGCGGACAAACCUACCUAUCUUCAAGCUGAAGGAGUCUUGUGUGCGGCGGCGCUACAGUGAUUUUGAGUGGCUAAAAAAUGAGUUGGAGCGAGAUAGUAAGAUUGUAGUACCACCAUUGCCUGGGAAAGCCUUGAAGCGGCAGCUCCCGUUCCGAGGAGAUGAAGGGAUCUUUGAAGAGUCCUUCAUUGAAGAAAGGAGGCAGGGUCUCGAACAGUUUAUUAACAAAAUUGCUGGGCACCCACUGGCUCAGAAUGAACGCUGCCUACACAUGUUCCUGCAGGAGGAGGCAAUUGACAGAAACUACGUCCCCGGGAAGGUGCGCCAGUAGGAGCCCCUCUCACCACUUGCCCUCUACCUUCCUGCUAAAAUGACAUUGAUUUUUACACUAAGCCUCUCUCUUUGAUCUGAAGAUGGCUGUCCAUCCCCUGGCCUGACAGACUAUCUGGCAUAGUGCUGCUUGGUACCUGACUACACCAUGGGCACUCUGCUAGGAUCCUCUUCUCUGAGGAGAAGUGGGAAACCACUGGCAGAUGCCCAUUUGCUUGGGGAUGGGGGUUGGGGUGGGGGUGGGAUUGGACCGGAAGGCAAUUUGUUGGGCGUUUACCCAUGCCCAAAGGCUAACCUUGGGGUGGGUGGGGGGUCUUGUGCUGGUGAGGCACUUGGAUACAUACUGAUGCUGCAAGUCCAGGGGAUUUUUCUUACUCUUAGGUUUAACCGGGAAUGCUGAGCAGGGAAAAACCCUGCCUUUCCUACCUGCAUGAACUUUUUCUUUUUUGGAAAGUUGAUAGAGACCCAAAAGCUCUCCUUGUUUUCUCUAGGCCUGUGCCCAGUGUUCUCAAUGCUUUCUUUUGCUGCUUUCUCUCUCUCUUAUUGCUUUUCAUGGCAUAAUCCUCCUAGAGUCCAAGUAGUCUAUUGUGUGGAGCAUGGUGUGUGGGUUUUCUGAGCCCAUCAUCAUGGCUGCUUCAGGGUCAGAAGAAAGCCAUAGGGCAGUAGGGGAGCUUCUGAUGCCUAACCCCUCUCUCUUUAUGGCUCCCCACUCUGGCUGCCUGUUCUUUGCUCACCAGUAGGUGAAUUACCAUGGGCCAGCAAUUCUCCCUCCCCAAGCCCUUACUACUUUUUGGGUUAGCUUUGCAGGUUUGGUGGCUUGAGGGAUGAGGGUAGCUCACCACUGCCAGGUAACUCCCUGAAGGGUGGGAGUGGAACAUUUUCUGGGUACCUCCCAGUGGCAGGGAAGGGCAUCACCAUUCUCUUUCUUCCAUUCUCCACCCCCCCCCCCCCAAUCCCAUUUAGUGCUGCCACAGGGCAGAAACACAUGGACAAAUCACAUAGUCUCUGACUUCUCAUAAGCACUUUGAGCUGUUGAAUGAGGCUCAGGGGCAAGAGUUGUCGCUGCCUCCCCUGGCUUGGUCACAGGGUUAUUGAACUGCCUGUACUUGUUUCCUGCAGAACUCCAGCAUUCUCCCCAGAAGUUGAGCGAGGGAUAGCAAUUGGGUAUGGGUUUCCUAAAUCUUAGAGUCCAAAGCAGCUUCCUGAGGCUGGCAACUUUCCUGGGUUUCUGUCUGAGAUUUGUUUGCUGGGACCUGAUAUCUAUCCCAAGUAGUGGUAUGGGAGCAAGUUAACUCUGGUGUCAGGUCAAAGGCAUGAACUCUGCUUAGACUUCUAUCAUGGAAAGAUUGGAGUUCUCCAUACAGGGCCUUGGGGGAAAGGAUUGCUGAUUCUGACAUGACCCUGAUCCAGGGGAUUAGGAUUGAAUUUUUGACAUGGGAUUUGGAGCCCAUCUAAAUGUUGACAUUCCCUGAGACAGAUCGGCUCUCCAGCUGCUGAGCCUGUGCCAGGGGCUGAGCAGCCCCUAGAGAGUCUCUGCUUCCUUUUCCCACCUUGCCAGUGUUGGUGUUGUUGCUGCCUUUUUGAUUUAUAUCCUCUGUUAAAGCCUUUUUUUGUUUGAAGAUUCCUUUUUUUCAUUGUGCACAAGUGCUGAGAGUCUGAGGCCCCAUUUCUGCUGUGUAUAUAUCCUGACCCAGGGCUUUUAUUCAGCAAACUGUUCAUUCUUCUGUCAGACAAUGUCAUAUUCAACUUCUGUUCAUAUUAAACCACUGUGAAGCAAGCUUCUGUUUUCCUGCUUAAGUUGUAAAUUUAGUAUUUUUUAGUGUCAAGGAUAUGUUGGGUAUUGUGCAGAAAUUAAACAACAUGGCCUAUCUUAAGUUUUGCAUUUAAAUUGUAAAAAAAAAAUGCGGAAUCCUAGCUCCCUGUAGCAAUAUUGCCCUAUCCUUCUUGUAACUGACAUUGUCACAGAGGUAAUGCAUCUGCUUGCAGGAAGUAGCAGCAGUAGGCUCAGUGCCCAUGGUUUGGAUCAGAUUUAGCAGAUUUGGUUUUUAAGCUUGUGGGUUUGUUCUAUUUUGGGCAGAAUAUAUUUAUAACAUAUAUCUGUAUACUUAUGCAAUAUAUAUACAAACAUGCAAUACACAUAUACAUCCUCACCUCCCUGACACAUGCACACACACACAUAUAGAGACAUACAAACUGUUUUCCUUCAUAGGUUUGUUACCUCAAUUGAGAUUUUAGGAUUUUUUAUUUGUUUGUUCUUUUCAAGUAUAUUUGAUGCAGACAGAAAGGUGGGUGAAACCUGAGAAAUGUCAGUGGGUGAAUGUUUUCUUCUGACCAGUAUGCUCUGAAAUGUCUUCUUGCACAACGUGGGUUUGGGGAGAGGUUUGGAAUGAGGAGAGGUAGGGGUCUUGUCAUUUGGGAAGUCAAAGUUAGUUUUAAUCACUUAGGUCAGUAUAGAAAGAAGGUGUAGAAAGUGAUGUGGUCAAAACAUUAGGAAAGUAAUGUGACUUAACAGUGAUAUUUGGGUCUAAGUGGAAGAGUGGGGGCUGAAUUGGGGAGGAUAAAAGAUUUUCAUAGUUCAGUAAUGAGAUGACUAAAUAGAGGAGACAGGGAAGAAUAGGUGUUUCUGUGAGGUAAAAGUAAGGAAUAAGGAAAAGGAGGAGUAAAGAGAGAUGCAAAAAUAAUGUUCCAACCUGCAUAGGCAGCAGAAUUAGAAUGAACUAGAGAGUGACUUUAAAAUGCAGCUAUAAAAUAAAAUAUUAACAAAAUUUUGGACAGAUGACAUUCAGUUAACAAGUACUGAUUAAUAACCUUCAGUGUGCCUAUCCCUAUGCUAAGACCUGGGGGUAGAGGGUGGGGAGAGAGUAGGUGGAACAAAUAAAAUAUGACUACAUUCCCUUUUCCCUUUCUUUAUAGAGCUUACGGUUCAGUUAAAGAGAUGUCUAUACAAGACAAGAAAAUGUUAGAGACAAAAUAAGAUAAAAGGUUUAUGAACAUCAAGUUGUUGUUUUAAAUAAACUAUCAGUUCAGAUAAAUUCCCUC